UCUCUCGUGCUUUUGCUAUGCUAAGUUGCUUUUUACAAAAGCAAGGCGCUGCUUUUUUGCUUUAAUGAGCUCCUGUAUAGAUACAGAAAAUGUAAAAAAAGAGGACUUGUCUAUUUCAGUAGCAAGUUUGGAGGUUUCCUGCAUUAUUCAAGUUUCUAAUGUUACCCCUCAGUGUAGUAUUGAAGAGGUAAAGACUUUUUUUUCCUUUAUUGGAGAGAUAAAAAGAAUUAUACAGAAAUUAACGGAGGCCGCCGUAGCGCCAGCCCCCAGUGUUGUAUUUAUAGAAUUUUAUGAACCGGCCGAUGCAGCUUUAGCUUUACAUCUUACUAAUAACUACUGGGUUGACAGAAAUAUAUUUGUUACUCCCGUAAACUGCUUUCCUGGGGAACCUUCUAAAGCGCCUUUAAUGACAGACCCCAGCGUAGCUGCCAUUGUCGCUGCCGUUCCCAAAACCGCCUCUAGUACUGUUCCAAUUAUUGCGAAUACGCCUUUUCCCCUUAUUUCUCCUAUAAGCAGACCUGUGGCCUUACCUACCAUCUUGUCUCCCGCCUCUGUUUCGGAAUCUUCCGUGCUGGACCAUUCCAAGUUGGAGGAGAUAAUGAGGACUCGAUAUGUUGGUAAUCUCGAUUCGAAGACUAGAGCCGAAGAGGUGUUGAAGUUUUUCGAGGUCUGCGGCACUGUUACGUACCUUCGCAUGGCAGGAGACGAUUCUCAGCCUACACGAUUUGCUUUCAUUGAAUUUGAAACGCAAGCAGCCGCCGAUAUCGCACUUCAAAAGAACGGCGCGAUUUUUAAGGACCGCCCAAUAAAGGUGUGCCCUUCGAAUCACCCCAUUGUGAAACCAGCAAAGUCCAAGGCUGUUGAACGAAGAGAGAUUCAACAAGCUUUAAAGGGCAUACAAGCUUUAGAUGCGCAGUUCUCGAAAAUCUUUGGAGCUGAACCAAAAGAAAAAGAAAUACCUAAAAGAAAUAUUUCACGAAGUCGAAGUCGAAGUCGGCGAAGAUCUCGUGACAAGGAAAAAGACAGGGAUCGCCACAGUAUAAGAAAAAGAAGCAGAACGCGUAGUCGAGAUAGAAAAUCCAAAAAAAACGAGAGAGGGAGGGACAAAGAGAGGCGCAGAGAGCGGGAGCGAACGCGGAGUAGUGAAAAGUCGAAGAAGAAAAGAGAAAGAGAAAGAGAGAAGGAUUCAAAGAGAGAAAGGAAACGUAGGCACAGUACUUCCAAGGAUAGAUCCCACGAAAAGAGUCGUGUAAAAUACUCUCGAAGCGUUCAGGCAGAAGAAGAGAAGAAUACUAAUAAAAAGGAGGAAACUGGCGCACUAGAAAACAGUGCAAAGUAAAUGAAAGUGGUUGUGGCUCUUUCUUUUCUCGUUUAAAUAGUACUUCAGCUGCCCUUUUAGGUCUCUUUGAGGUUUCAAUAAAAAUAAAUUAUCUCAA